UGCCUGAUAAUAAAGAUUGUCUGUACCAAAAAUAACAACAAUAUUUUACGAUCAGAUGGUGUGGCUCGGAGACAUUUAUAUUGAAUAGGACAAAUAUUUAACAUUUAGGAAAUUUGGAGACCAAAAAACCGGCAACACUCAAGGAGUAAAUUAAAGAACAACAAAAUUGACAGUUAUUGUAUCUUAGAAAGACGCUGCAACACUGUCUUUGAGAUAUGGCAUUGUUAAUUGUAAGUGAUACAUUCAACGUUAGAAACUGAAUUAUCCCCAGGACCAAAUAAAAGAUCUUCCCGAGGAAAAUAUGGCAAGUUUUAUUAUCGUUCAAUAAGGAAUAUUUCGAAGACAAGGGAAUUUUUAUCGUUCAGUAAGGAAUAACGAAGACACAGGGAUUAUAUAACGAGUUUGUAAGUACUAAGUAAACAACAGUGGAUUUUUGGUUUGGAUUUGAAAUUUUUGCUUUAAAUGCGGAAUAUACACGGCAGAAUUUGAAAUUUUUGCUUUAACUGUGGAUUAUACUAGGUGCAUUAUGUGGCUAUAAUGUUUCCCUGAUAAUUGUUAAAGGGUGGUAAAAAAUAUCUGAUUCUAGUAAUAAGUUGCAAUGUCUGUGACUUUAACCUCAGAAUCAAUAUUAAAGAACUUGGAAUUAAAUGUGUCUGAAAAUUAUUACAGAGAAACUCAGUGAAUUGAAUGGAAUUAAUUAGUGGCACAAGGCAAAUUAAGAGAUGAUUUGUAUGAUAAAAUAAAUGUUUUAGAACUUUAUCGAAGGAGGCAGGUUAGUGACAAAGUGGAAAAUAUUUUACAAAUUGGUGAUAGUUAAACAGAGAUAUAAGAGGAAAUUAAUGAUGCAAAAGAGGAAAUAACUAUAGGAAAGAGAAAAAUAACCAAAAAGUAAUAAUAUAAAGGGAGGUAAUAAAGUAAAAGAGAAGACAAAUUAAUUCAAGGGAGGUAAUUAAAAAGAGAAAAAAAUAUGUUAUGAAAGGGGAAAAUUAGGUGAUAUAAGCAAUAGAAGAAGGCAAAAGUGUAAUUUAAAGGGAGGUAAGAAAGUAAAAAAAAAAAAUGGCGGAGUAGUAAAAAAGGGGAGGUAAUAAAGAAAGGGACAAGUUAUUGAUAUUGAAGGAAGUAGAAGAUAAAGUUAUAACAAGGGGAGAUAAUAAACAUAGGGAAAUAAAAAAAGGAGGUAACAAUACAAACCUAAAGGGCUAAAAAUAAUUAAAAAGGAAGGUAAGAUGCAGGAGAUUAAAGAUCAGUGUGAAAGUUAAAAAAAGGAAGUAAUAAACAAAAGGAAUAGGAAAGUAAUUGAAAAAAGAGGCAAUUAUAUAAAGGUGAGAAAAGGCAGAUAAUUGCAAAGGAGAAGUGUAAAUGUUUUACUGUAUGAGGAAAUUUUUUUAAGGAAAAAAAGGACAUUGAUCGACAGACUUAAAUAAAUAAGCUAGUAAGUCGCUUUACACUUAAGGAAUGGUGUGAGAAAAGAGUUUUAAUUAGCAACAAGCCAAUAAAAUUACCAGCAAGUGCAUAGAAACGUCAGAAAGUGCACAGAAUCAGCGACAAGGAUAUUUAAACACCAGCAAAUCAACCCAGAAACACAAGACAGAGCAAUUUAAUAAUGGCUGGAGAGGUUGCACCGUGGAAUUUGCUUCAGAUAGCCUUUAUUGUGGUAUAUCCGGCAUGGCUCUGUUUUACACGCAUGCCAUCAGGCAUGUCCCUGCUGGCAGCGUACAUAUUUCUAUUUGUCCUCUGUAUACCACCUGUAUUUAUACAGCUGAAGAUUGGCAAUCAUCAACAGAAAGGCAUUGUCGGCUUACUUAGUAAACAUUUACCUAUACUUAAAGGUGUUGGUAUAACAUUACUUAUACAGCUCUUUCUGGUAUGUGUGUACAUGGUUCCCUUGGUAACACAUUAUGGAAUGUACGCCUUUAUCGCCAUAGCAAAAACUCCCUACGUCUGGGGCACACAUGACAAUACGUGGAACACGCAGCCGUGUCCAGGUCACGUUGAGGUCGCAUCUAACGUUAAACUUGGUGUGAUCUAUGAUACUCCAAAAUCUGCAGACCUACUUCCAGAAUCUCAAUUUUUCCAUUGCGAGUAUCUACAGAUAUCUGGGAAUAUAUCGGAUGUACGAGGGUUUCCCGUCUGGACAUUUUCUCAAGAAGUAAAAAACUUCAACGGCUCAAUUCUUCCGAUGGCCAUGGUAGCUGCAUGGUUAUUCAUAUUUCUAGCCCUAGCAUUCGGACCUCGAGUCUGCGGAUGGAUAUUGUUUGUGCUAGGCCCAGCAUUCCUGGCACUGUUAUUUACAGUACUGGGUUAUGGAUACAGUCACCUAGAUAGUAACGGUUCUAACACAUUCCUUUACGAGUUAUAUAACCUCGAUAUGACCCAGUUUCAUAAUCUACACAAUGAAAAUACACCACUAGUAAGGGAUUGGGUGUCAGGUUUCAGACUAGUGAUGGACUCAGUUCCGGUGUGGACGGCUAUAUUACCAACCAUGGGCAAGAUGACCGGAAAUGGUCGUCUCAGUAGGAACAUUUCAUGGUUAUUUAUUAUCCUGGUAUAUGCAGCAACAUGCCAGCUUCCUCAGUUAUGUAUGGCACCUUACAUUGGUAAUCUACAACAAGUUCUUCCAAAUCAGCUGUUUAAAAUUGUCGGUUUUGAGGCAAUAUUUACAACGAUGGCCGCAGCUUUCACAGAGUUAGAAAUCCCCCCUGUGUAUGCCCUGUUGUUCUACUUGUCUGUAUUCAUAGCUGGAAUGAUGUUCCUGAUCGUAGCUUUAUUCACAAUUUUGGAUAAUCUUGUUGAGGGGUUGGCAAGUUGGAGCGAGACAUUCCAAGAGAAGAAAUGCUGUGUUAAUUUCUGCGCAGCAUUUGCUAUUACAUCUGUAGGGGUUGGAUGUUCCAUUUUACACACGACACAGGCUGGAUUAUACUAUAUUAUUAUAAUGGAUCAGUGUGUAACAAAGUUAUACUUCCUCACGGUGGCACUAUAUGGUUUCUGUCUGGUCAUUGUGUAUGCAAAACAGAAUUUUGGUAUUUUAGAAAGAAUUAUUAUGUCCACAUGGUGUGCCGUUUCCACAAUCAUUACAACAGCGAUAUUCUUAUACUACUUUGUAACGGAACUUAGUACAAUACCUGGCUACAACAAUGUCAGGAUACAAGGCACAUGGGAUCUCGUAUGUUGGUUGCUAGCCGCCGCACCUUUUAUAGCGAUUCCCGCAGCUAUGAUACACAGUUGUCAACAAGAACAUGGAUCUUUCGGACAGAAAAUGAAGUAUGUGUGUUGUGGAGUUACACAAGACCCUUACGACCCACCUAGCGAGUUCGGUUAUCACAGACCGGAGCCAAGUGCACCGCCGUACGGAACGUCUGACACGAGAACGUACACAUACAUGGACGAUGGCUACCCGAUGGACGAAGUGCCUUACUAUAAGACAGUUGAUUAGUCCUGAGCAAUACGGAAAUACAUUUUUAAAAGUAUGACAUAUACAUUACAAUGAUAUUCAUGUGAACAUUCAGGAUGGACACUAUUUAUAGUAAUGAUUAUCGUGAAAACGAAACAGAAUAAAAUUCAUCGUAAAGGUUGUCACUUUAUAAUGGGAAGUUAUCGUACAAUACUCAAGAUACAAGAAUAGGAGGAAUUAAUUUACAUGUCAGGAUUAGAUUCUGAAAA